ACUGGCUCUCUGAAGCAACAAGCAGAGGUUUGAAAAGUUAGUCCUGACGAAGGGUCUCGGCCCAAAACACCAGCAGUGCUUCUUCCCAUAGAUGCUGCCUGACCUGCUACGUUCCACCAGCAUUUUGUGUGUGUUGCUUGAAUUUCCAGCAUCUGCAGAUUUCCCGAUGGAUGAUAAAGGGAAUUGCUAGAAACCAGCAAAGUGUGAUUCAAAAAGUUGUGGAAAGGCCAAAAUGGAACCUAAGGGUAAACCACUGCCCUCCACUCUAUCCUGUCCCACCUGGAAAAUGGGGUCUCAUAUGCCAGGCUGCUGUUUAUAGACUUCAUUUCGGUGUUCCACACCGUCAUACCCCAGAAACUGGUGGGGAAACUGUCCUUGCUGGAUCUCAACACCCCCCUUUGCACCUGGAUACCAGGCCACAGUCAGUCUGCGUGGGCAGCAGUGUUUCUGUCCAUUACGCUGAGCACUGGCGCUCCCCAGGACUGCGCGCUGACGCAUGACUGUGUUGCAGAAUCCAGUUCAAACCGUGUCACCAACUUUGCGGAUGACACAACAGUGGUUGGCCUUAUCAAGAAUGACGAUGAAGGAGAGUAUCAAGAGGAAGUGGAGCGGAUGGCAGAUUGGUGUGAGAAGAACAAUCUAAGCCUGAACAUGGAGAAGACCAAGGAAACCAUUGUGGACUUCAGGAAGGUGCAGACAAACCAUCCCCCUCUGUAGAGAGAGUGACUCUCACCUGGCUCCCCCGUAGAGAGAGUGAAGUGCACCAAGUUCCUGGGGGUCCUCAGCUGAUCCCUUAAUACACCUCCCUGAACAAGGAGGCACAGCAGCACCUCCACUUGCUAAAGGGAUUGAGGCAAGCAAGGCUCCCCAACAACCAUCCCUCAACUUAACUGAUUUUAUCGGAGCCCCAUUGAGAGUCCUGACAAACUGCAUCUCCAUCUGCCUUGGGAGCAGUCGAGCAGUGAACCAGAAGUCCCGACAAAGGACUGAUACCUCAUCAGGGGAGAUAAAAGACGGGUCUGCUGAGACGCCGGGACACACGCCACGAGACACUGCAAGAAUGUUGUGCACCCACAGAACAGCAAUGGGGUCUCUGACUGAUGUAAGCACCAAGUUUGCCCUUGACCUCUUGAGGCAACUCAGUGAGGGUAACAGAACAGAGAACAUUUUCUUUUCUCCAUUAAGUAUAUCAACAGCUCUGCUAAUGGUCCACCUCGGCGCCAGAGGUAGCACUCUCAUUCAGCUGGCCAAGGUGCUACAUCUUGGAGGUGAGGAACAACCUCAUCAUGGAUUUCAGCAACUGCAAUGUGAAGUGAAUAAACCCAGCCCUUCUCAUCUUCUAAAGACAGCAAAUGGUCUCUUUGGAGAAAGAAGUUUCAGCUUUCAUCCAGGAUAUAUCGAAUCUAUAUCUAGAUUCCACAAGGCAGAGCUUACUGCUGUCGAUUUUGCAGAAGGAGCAGAGGAGGCCAGAAUCCAAAUCAACUCAUGGGUAGAGGAACAGACUGAAGGCAAGAUCCAGAACUUGUUAGUUCAAGGUGCCGUUGAUUCACAAUCAAAGCUUGUCCUUGUGAAUGCUGUCUACUUCAAAGGGGUGUGGGAGAAGAAGUUUAAUGAAGAAGAUACCAAGUACCGGCCCUUCAGGUUCAGUGAGGUAACUGCAUCUGUUAGGAAAAUAUUCUGUCAAAGCUUUAACAUUGUUAUAGGUAAUUUAUUAACAAAUAUUUUUGGCCAGACUGAAUCUAAGUCCGUGAAAAUGAUGUACCAAAAAGGAACAUUCAAGACAUCAUUUAUUGAGGAGCUUGCAGCUGACAUCCUAGAGCUCCCGUAUGUUCAGAAUGAGCUCAGUAUGUUAAUCCUGCUACCUGAGGAAAUUGGUGGACUCGAGGAGCUUGAGAAAAAGCUGACAAGUGAUAAACUACUGGAGUGGACCAGCCCAGAAAACCUGGAACCAUCCAAAAUGUCAAUAUAUCUUCCCAAAUUUAAGUUGGAAGCAAAAUAUGAUCUGGAACCGACACUUAAAAGGUUGGGAAUAUCAGCAGCUUUUGACAGUGAAAGUGCAGAUUUCUCGGGUAUGACAGCAGCAGGUGGCCUGUCUUUAUCCAAAAUAGUUCACAAUUGCUUUGUGGAAGUAAAUGAAGCAGGAACUGAAGGAGCAGCCAGCUCACAGGUCACCAUGAUGUUUCGGAGCUUGCACUUUGAAGAUGAAUUCAUAGCUGACCAUCCAUUCCUGUUUUUCAUAAGGCACAACAAAACUCGAAGCAUCUUAUUCUUUGGACGAUUCUCUUCCCCUUAAACAGAUAUUUUACUUGUGUUGUAAUUCGCUUCUAUUAUUUGUCUGCCUGAUAUACACUUAACAAAACUUGCAUUCAUACAGGAUUAGAGUAAAACAUUUCAAAAUGAACCUAUUUACUUGUGCAGAUACUGAUAACAGAAGUACAGUGCAGUUGAAUUUCACAUAAUCCGAGUUACCUUGUAUUCAUUAGUAUUUGAUACAGAUUAAAUUUAACAUUUACACAAGUAAAUUGUUGUACAACUUCACUGGGUGGGUGCUUUGAAAGCAUUCACUAUAUAGUCCCCAUGCACUGUCCUAUCCACAAGAUCAUAAGAUCUAGAAACAGAAUCAGGCCAUUUGGCCCAUUGAGUCUGGUCUGCCAUUCCAUCAUGGCUGAUCUAUCUCCUGCUUUCUCCCCAUGCCCUGGCUAAUCAAAAAUCUAUCAACCUCUGCCUUAGAUAUACCCAAUCCACAGUCACCUGUGGCAAAGAAUUCCACAGAUUCACCACUCUCUGGCUAAAGAAAUUGCUUCUCAUCUCUGUUCUAAAUGGACGUCCCUCUAUUUUGAGGCUGUGCCCUCUGGUUUUAGACUCUCCACCAUUAGAAACAUCCUCCUGACAUCCACUCUAUCAAGGUCUCCCAUUUGAUAGGUUUCAAUGAACUCCAGUGAGCAAAGGCCCACAGCCUACAUGUUUUUUAGCUGAUCAAUUGAUUCACAGUGUCAAAUGUAUGUUUAACUGCAUUGCAAAUUAAACAGCAUUUCUGAAAAAAUGUGAGUCAGUGUGCUAUGAACUCACCUAUCUCAAACUGCGGAAAGCCAAAGCAACACAUCAGGCAACAAGACUACGGCAACAGGCAGGAGUUUCAUUAUGUCAGAGUAGAAUAUUGAAAUCGUGGUGGUCAGAUAAGUGAUGGAAUUAGAAUCGGAUGGAAAUGACUGCUUUGUGCCUAUUUUUCUGAAUAGGCAUUGGCCCCACUGCUUGAUACACUGUUUACAUACGCAUCUAAAGAAUGUGGCAGGAGUGUGGAUAUGCAUAUGAAGGACCUCUUUAUAAAAUUAAUCACUGAAAACUGGGAGGCAGUCUUCAUAGUUUACAGACAGACAUGUUUCCCUAGGGGGGAAAAAAAUGCUCUCUCUGAAAUGAAGAGUAGCUGAGUGUUACCCUUGAUACCAUUCCAGGGAAGUAACCCACCCUGAUCUUAGCUGAGAUUUGAUGCAAGUGAAGCAGGCACCUCAAAAUAAAGUCCUAUGAAGUACACACAGAUUGAGGGUGUGCCCAAUUUCAAUUCAGCUUAAUUGGGUUCAAUUCACUGAAGCCUAUGCCCAUACAAGCCUCCGAUAACUUCUACAUCAUGCUUAAGCAAUUUCAGAUUUAUGGCGUAAAACCUAUAUUGCUCAUUGAAGCUGGGAUUUCACCAUUCUCAACAACUCCACAAGCCUAAUCGACAAAGCAGUCCCCAGACUUCGUCAAGUUGUACAAGAUUAUUUCAUUUUGUUUAGAAGAACAAAAAUACAUGGAAAUGCAGUCUUGUGUGUCAGGUUUUGCUGGAAUGUUUCAUAAGAUUUGUAGGUCAUAUCUCAGACUGCUACAUAAAGUCCACCUGCUCACCAUUUCUUCAUUUUGUACCAAUGGUUUGCAAGCAUUUAUUUCUUGUUCUGAAUCAUUAAAAAGGUUUACAUACAGGAGCAGCAAGGGAAUCUCAGUUCUUGAGAUGAUGG